AAUCCAUGUCAUCAAGCGGCUGAUAUUUUCCGAUAUAUUUUUCUUUUUUAUUGAGGCAAAUAUUGUAUAUUUAGUGAUUGUAUUAUAUUGUUGUACGCUUACAUGAGUCUAUUAUAAUCGUAAUGCUUGUCAGAAAAUAUUCAUUACGUUAAUUUUGGUUGUUUAAUUUGUAGACACAACCAUUUAGUUUCACCGCGUAUAAGUUAAUCUAGUUACAAAACAUGGCUAUGCGAAAGAGAAGCGGUUCAGGUUCAAAGAGACAUCUAAAGGAGAAGGUGGUACAAAUCUAUGAAAGCUUUUUUCGGGGAGAAGAUUUAUCAACAGAUAACCCAACUUUUUGGGAUGAAUUCUUUCUCCUCAAACCUAAGAUUCCCCAGCUGGAAGCGGAAAUUCACAAGCUAUCUACUGAACAACUAAUGAAUAUGAAAGACAGUAUAAAUCUCUUAGUUGCGCAAUGCAUAGAAAUGCUAGGGCAAGAGCAUCAUAUAAGGCUUGUUUAUGCAUUACAAACCCUAAGUGCACUGCUGAUAACAAUGUAUCAAAGAGUAGGGCAGGACCCUACUUUUAACAUCAAAACAAUUUUAAUUGGAACUGACAAUGCAGAAACCAAAAUGCAGAAACUGUUAGAACAGUGUAGCACAAUACUAUCAGGUGAUGUUCCCGAUAGCUUGAAGUCAAUGGUCCUCAAACUGUUGCUAGUGAUUGCAACAGGAGUGGAUAAUAUUGACGACAAUCCUCUGGUUGAGUACCUGAUGCUGAACUCUCUCUUUGAACCACUGGUGCAACUUCUGUGUACUUCUACUGAAAGACAACAACAUGGAUAUGAUGUGGUACUGCUGAUUAUGUUCUUGGUGAACUACAAAAAGCAAGAGUCUGCUAAUCCAUAUGUGGUGAAGUUGUCUAUCUUGGAUGAUGAACUGGCAUUGAAUGGCUACGGCCAAGUGAUAACAGCAGCUCUGAACGACUUCGUGAUGUCAGUAUUCGGCGGGCUGGCGGGCGGCGGCGGCGGCGGCUGGCUGUCCUCGCUCACCAGCAUGGUCGGCGGGAUCUUCCUCACCAGCGAUGACACCCCGCCAGUUGUGCGGGGACAGAGGAACAGCGGUGGCGAAGAAGGCAUGCUUCUAGCGCUAUACGAAGCUGCGCACGUGAAUCGCAACUUCAUGACGACCCUGGCGCACUCCUCAUCCGCCGCCGCCUCCUCCGCGCCGCCCUCGCCGCCCGCCACGCUGCCUCCACACCAGAACCCACCGAACUUAGCGCAGAUACAAGCUUUAGACAACGACCAGCCAACGAAUUUGUUAGUGACCUUCUUUCAAUAUUGUUCCAUAGUAAUGGCGGACACACGGAGUGAAUCAAGCAUAAACAAAUGCAGCCUGUGUUUCAUCACACUCACAUGCAUUGUCGAAGAACAAUUCGCGAAUUCUAUAAUGCACGACCAAAAUCUGACAUUCAAGGUCCAAUUGUACAGGCUUCCAAUGCGUCAUAGAAAAAUAGUUCCCGAAGAGCCUCUUUCACAACCUUUAGCUUCCACUUUAAUAGAUCUUCUAGUAGAGUUCAUGAUGUGCCAUCUCCUCAAGAAGUUCCCGGGUGAGCUGUACGAGCUAUGUGUGGGCGUGCUACUACGACUGCUCAGCUACCAAAAGCGGUGUCGCGUGCGCCUGUCGCGGGACUGGCGGCCGCUGUGGGCGGCGCUGAUCGCGCUGCUCAAGUUCCUGGUCACCAACGAGAGCACCUUGCUGAGGAGGCACAACAUCUUCGUUAUGGCGCAACAGGUGGUGAACAUAUUCAACCUGUUCAUCACAUUCGGCGACACCUUCCUGCCGACGCCCGCGUCCUAUGACCAGCUGUAUUACGAGCUCAUUAGGAUGCACCAAGUGUUCGACAACCUCUUUUAUAUGGCGCUCCGCUACUCGACCGGCGACGGAGAGUUUAAAGCCGAGGCGCUGAGGCUGGCCAACUGUUUGGUCAACGUGCGUGCUAUCAUACAACACUUCUCGCCCAAGAUAGAAGCGUGGCUCAACUCACAGAGCCUAUCCACUCCUACUGAAGAUCAGAUCCUGGAAGUGGUCCGCAAGAACUAUGACAGCCUGAUCCUCAAACUGCAAGAAGGGCUGGAGGCGUACGAGCGGUACUCGGAGCGCGGCCCGCGGCCGCUGCCGGCGCGCCUGGCCGCCCGCGCCGCCGCCGCCGCGCGCGCGCGCAGCGACGCCGCCGCGCUGCAUCGACACUCCGCCGCCGCGCUGCAGCACUACGCCGCCGUCGCCUGAGCGCGCCUGACGCGUGCCGCGGUAACUAACACCACUCUUGAGGUGCCUCCGGUAAGCUGGCAUAUAGUUAUACAAAGAAACCAUUAUUGUGACCACAAUAUUAAAAUAAAAACAGGCGAAUGAUUUGUUUGACGUCCUAUUGCUGUUGAAAAUUAAUAAUUAUACCCCAUUGCACGUCUGUAGGAACCGCUAUUCCUACCCUAACACUGGCUACGAGCUUGUAAAGAUCCGACACUCAUAUAUCAUAUAUCCUUUCCAGCCGUAUUCGGCCAUGACGACAAGUCUCCAAUCUAGGAAUGCCUAAGAUGCGCUCUUAUAUGGCUGACGUAACCGAUCUUAGCAGUGAAUGUACAAUACCCUAUACAACGAAAUAGAUUUGCAUAACAAUGUUAUAUGUACUAGUUAGACUCUCACAGCCAUACACCGGAAGGACGAAGUCUCGACCCUACAAAUGUUAUGGGGGUUGAUGGGUCAUUGCUAUUAAAUCUUUAUCAAUCGAAGAACUAAUCCAAAUAAAUUAAUAAGUGCCAAUGACAUUUCACACUCAGUCUUGUGCAAUUUAAAACAUAGUGUUAUUUUACCAUAAUAGAGGCGACUAUUCUUUGCACAUUUAUUAUUUAGCACCCAAAGAUUAACUUGAGCCGAUUCAAGCUGUCAUAGUCGAAUUAUAUAAUUGUAAUUAAAAAACAAUUCAUAUCAAACGCUAAAUAAACAUUAGAAAUAUUAUUAUACAGUCGUUCGUCGACUCAAAACGAGAUUAUUGAAAACAAGAUGAAAGUUAUUAUGUUAGAUUUCAGUAAUGUUAAUUAACUUAUUAUGUAUGAAUUUAAUAUUUUCUAUUUGCAACUAUAUUAAUUAUCUUUCAAUGUUACUUUCGUUAUAGAAUAGAAUCGUUAAGGUUAUGAUUAUUUGUUUAGAAAGCUAGAAGAAAAAACUAUGAAAAAAAACUAUUAUACUAUAAAUGCUCCUAGCAUUUAAAAAAUAUGUAUUCCCUACCAGUGUUAUAAAUUAAGACUGAAAUGCAUAAUGGAGCAUGCACAUGUAAUUUAUUGGACCUUGUUUUAGUACCAGAGAAUGAAGGUUAGGACGUAGUGUGUAUUUAAAAUGUACCUUUUAUGCUUAGGUGAUGCCCUGUAAUCUAUAUGAAAAUUUCAAGAAAUAUCUAAAUGUUAUAAUAACAUUGAAUAUUGAUUUUAAUAAAUUAUUUUAACAUGAAUA